AAAAGACGCCAUCUGAGAAUGACAUAGUAUGGGUAAAGUGGAAAAAGUGGCCCCAUUUACCAGCUCUGGUACGGAAAGUGUACAAGAAAAAAAAGCGUGUCACAUGUGCCGUGUUUUUCCCAACUGGUUUUGAAGAGGAUUUUACGUUGAGCUACGGUAACCAAGGGGCGGUCAUACCUUACUGUGAUCCUAAAAAGGACGAAAUUUUGGAAAGUGCCAAGGACCUGUCAUCUGUUGACCGGACUUUCUUCAGGGCCUGCUUAGCUGAAGCUCAAAAUUAUAUGACAAAGGAGGCGUUAAAAGGCCUAAGAAAGCCGGAACCCUUAAAAGAAAAUAUAACACAAGAAGAAGAGCCUGAAGACAUAAAAGAUGAUAACUGUGAAGAGGAGAAUGAAGAGAAGAUAACUCCAUGCAGGAAACGACGUAAAAUGUCCGACUGUAUUGUGACAAAGGUUGAGAACAAUGGUCUCUCCAAACAAGGGCAAGAACGCGUAGAGAAGAGGAAAUUAAAAACCAGACCACUGAUAGAUUUCCUUAUAUCUGAUACUACAAAGGAUUUCUUAGAAAAGAUUUUUAAUGGUACGACAAAAAGUGAACUGCAUGAUAAGUUUUUAACCGGUACCAUUAGAGAGCGAGCUAAAAUGAAACAUCGUGGAUUUGGUCCGAUUGACGAUGAUGAACAGAUAGAGUUACUACUGAGCACAUACUUGACAUGGAUUAAACAGAUAAAUAAGAACAUACAUUUAGAUGAUGUGAACUAUGUGUUUGAUGUAUGGGUACCAGAGGCAGUGGUGUUUGCAUUCAAGAAAGUGAAUGGGUACAGUCGGAAACGAGCAUGGGAAAGAUUCGAUAUAGGGAAAUACAGACUAAAACGAUUUGAGUGUAAAGAGAUCGAUGGCAAGGGAGUCAGGUUUAUUGUCAGUCGAAGAGAAACUCAUCAGAAUCAAUAGUGAUGUUAUGGAUUGUUUCAUUAAAGGAAGUUGUAUACUACCUUCAGGAGAAAUUCUGCUUACUCAAUGGAAUAAAACAUUAAAGUAACUUGAUAGCAUGUAUAUAGUAAUCAGUGUGUGUGAUCUUCCUGAUAAUCCAUAUGAUGUUUGCAAUUUCGGGGAUAAUGUAGCUGUUGUAGCACUGUUAGGGGCGAAACUUCAGUUUGUUGAAACUAAACGUAGUAUGACACUGAUAAGAUCCAUUGGUACAGAUCAUACUUGUCAUGGUCUGACUUGCAAUGGUGAUCAGAUGUAUGUUAGAGAUUAUUAUGGUUUUGUUUAUAGUUAUAGUAUCUAAUGGUUUAAAUUCCAAUGAAUUCUUAAAACAUUUUGCUGCUAUAAACAACAUAUAUAUUUAUGUUUAAUCAGUCAAGUUUACAAUUAAGAUGUUUGUUGAACACAUAACUAAAUAACUAAUAUAUUA